CUUAAUCUGUCACCGCAUACACACACACACUUACGCGUGUAUGAGCUGGAGUUUUUUCUUCUCCCCAGUCUCCACCUGGGUCCUCUAAGCUCUCACAUCUUCUCCCAGGAUUUAUUUCUGGUUUCAGUUCCAGUUGUCCUUGUUUUUCCGUUUAAACUUAAUCUUUUUAAUCAUUUCACGGCUCGUGGCUCUUGGCUCGUGGAGACUCCGCGGCGCGCUUUACGCACAACCUGACGCAUCACGUGCCGCGCACAGACGUGGAUUUCCUGAGGAUUUGACUGCAGUGAGUUUACACCUGUUACACCUCACACAGACCACUGAUUCCGUGCGUCGAGCUGUUUAAAAUUUCUGUUUAAAUUAUUUUUUUUCUCCGGUUAGUUUAUGAAGUGAUUAUGAAACAGAAGAGGAACCAGAAAAAUCAUUUAUUUAAACGUUUUAUUGCUAAUUAAAAUAUUAAUUAAGGGAUGGUUUGUGGGACUCUUCUUCAGGUGAACAUUGUGCUAACAGCAGUGACACUCAGUGCGUCUACCCGGUCCAUGUGGGCCACUCAUUUGGGUUAAGAGCCACUCGUAACCAAAUGUGGUUUCUACAUUGGAUGACCAUGGUCAUCUAGAUGUCACACAUCAAGCAUCAAACACACAGGGAGUCCAUCCAAGAAUAUAAUAGUAGACUUUUCACUGUCUCAAAAUAAAAAAAAAAUAAAAUAAAAAAGAGUUUUUUGUUUGUUUGCAUUUGAAAUGAGUGAUGUCUUGGUCAUCACCAUAUCAACAGCUGGCACUGCCAGAGGUAAACACACACACACACACACACACACACUCCUUUCUCCCCAUUCACUCACCAAUUCUCUGCAGGAAUCCUCCUCCUCUCCCUCCUCCUCCUCCUCUUCCUCCUCUACCAUCACCUUCCUGGUGAUAAUCUUUUUCACGUCAUCACCUCCUGCUCCAAGACUUGCACCUGACGCUGUUGACGUUGCCUAGGAAACCCUGGCCUCAAUGUGGGCCUCUGACCCCUCCGUCCUGAGUGACCUCGGAGAGAGGACUGUUCUGCCGACUACGUGGGAGGCUCAGUGUCUCCUCAAUGGACCGCCUCCUGCUGGUCACACAUGGACGGAACAGUUCUCUCCUCACGUACAGAGAAACAGACAGCUUCACGACACUCUGCUGCAGAGAGAGGAGGAGCUGGCUCGACUGCAGGAGGAGAACACCAAGCUGAGGGAGUUCCUCGGCUCCUCAUAUGUCAGGGACCUGGAGGAAAAGGCUAAAAAGCUCUCCAUUCAGAGCAGGAUGAAGAUGAAGAUGAAGAGACACCUGACACAUGACGAUGAAAGAACGCCACAGACCUCUGCUCAUUGUCUCAUGGUUUCAAAGCCAGUCAGUAAGAGAGUCUGCAGGAACCUCACUGCCCAGUUCUGCUCCGAUUCUGCAGAAGUGUCUCGGUCCUCAGAGUCAAAUCUUGAUCUUUGGGUUUUACGAACUCUGGGACUGAAGGACCGAGACACCAUUGACUCCUUGGAUGAGUGCACGUCUCCAGCGGGGAGCAGUCUCAGAAGUUUAGUUUAUGAUUCUGCAGUCAGCUCUUUCUCUUGUCCUUCCACCGAUCAGUCUUUCAGCCAAUCAUCUGCCACUUCAACCCCGUCCAGCCACUGCCAAAGCUCCACACUGCAAACUGACUAUCACUACAGUCCUGCCUCAUGCCAUGACCUGGGGUCUGCUCUGACCUACUCUUCAGGCCAGAACUUCAGCUUCACUGCCAUGACCCCGACUGACCUCUACGAAGCUCCUGAAGCUGUGAUCAGGAGCUUCAACCCAUUACCUGCCCCACAGCCCCCAGCAAACACCCCUGCGGUCUGCCCCAUCACUGCCUUCAGUGAAGGAAACAUUCAAGAAGACCAACCAUCUCACUGCUCAGUAGAUUGGUCUCCGCUGGAAUACAACCAGACAGCAUUCAGCCCUCCAGCAGGAAGAAGACUCACCUUCUCUCCAGUUUCAUCUUCCAGUCCGAUCCCCAAAAAACAAUGGAGACCCGCCCAAGUCUGCUGCCCCCUGAGUCCAUCAGUAGGAUUACAGCCAACUGCCACACCGCAGAGUCCUCGCAGUCAGACAGACUUGGCCUUCAGGAUGUCCCUCAGUCCGUCCAACAGUGUCAAGACCCACAGCUUUCCCCAGGGCCAGGCCUUUGUCUCCAAGGACAAGGAAGGACGAUGGAACUUUACUUGGCUCCCCAAGCAAAACCUGUAGACCACUGGUACUGGUACUAGUAUUUGUACUGGUACUGCUGCAGGACUCACACCUGCUGAUUUAAAAAAAAUGGAAAAAUUAAAAUGUUAACCUUCACUAAACCAUGUGACUUGUUUCUGAGUGGACAGUCAAACUGUGAACCCAGUGAAUCAGUUGACACACGUGUGUCUAAGACACAUGAACGAUUGUCAAGAUUACGUCAACAGAGAAGCUUUCAAUGUUUUUGUACAUGUUAUUUAUUUUUCUAUCUUUUUUAUCUGUUUGUAUUAACCUUCAUGUGUUACAUGUCAUCACAGAAUUGAGUAGGUGGUGACCAGGGUUCAAGGUUCAUUGACCUACUGGGACGAUGUGGGACACAUUAUUAGGUUACACAGUGGUUCCUCUAUUGGAUUAGACUAGAUUAAAAGAAAUAACAAUAAUAGAAGUGUAAGUUUUUCUGACAUGAUUCAAGUCGUAGCUGGACAGUCAUGACAAAAAAAGUCAUUUAAAAUAAAAGAAAAAUACACUUUAAUUCGAUUGGUUUGACUCUGAAAAGUCAACCCAAUCAGUAAGAGGAACAGAAUCACCUGGUCGUACCACCACUGUGUGUGAGAAAGUGUGUGUGUGAAUAAAAAAACUGCCAAAACCCAGAAAAGGUCAAAUCAGUCUAUCAUGUUACAGAGAAACACAAUAGAAUACCGUGUCGUUUUAGUCACAUGACCUUUUGGUCACAUGGCCAGUGUCAAUGUGUUCAUUGACAUUCAUGUCAUUGUGCAGCAGCUUCAAAUGUGUGGCCAACAUGUUUCUGUGUUUUUAUACUUGUUUGCUUGUUUCAUAUAAACAUUUUCACCAAUGGGAAAAAACAGUCAAGUCUCUUUUUUAAAACUGAUAAAACUCUUCAAAUGUGCGAGUCAGCAGUUUGAUUGACAGGCCACUCGGCCUGUUUCAACAUCACGCACCCUCACUCAGGUGACCCGGUGGCUUGUUCUACACCUCUCUGUGGAACCUGCAGCAUCAUCUCACAUGUGGUACCUCCUCACAAGUCAGUGUUUCAGAGGCUGUUUCACAGUCCCCUAUCUAUGAAGGAUGUUUGUUAUGGUUAAAAACUUCACCCUGGACAAUAACCCAGUAUGGACUCCAGGUCCUCCCGUCUUUAGCUCACUUACCAGUUAAACCAGUUGGAUUACACUCCUCCAGCUCUCCAGUCUUUUCUUACAGUAAGGACUCCUCCAGAUCCCUGGGGACACACCUCCUCCAACUAGACCCACCCCUGAGGGCCAACGAUGAAGGGGUUUCUGCCCUCUGAGGGUUCCCAGCACAGGGUCCCGGCCUUUCCCGGGUUCCCCUGAG